AUGGGCCAGGACACUUUGUUCCGCUCGUCGGAAAUGUCGCUCGUACAAUUGUAUGUAGCGACAGAAAUAGGGAGAGAAACCGUCAGUGAAUUAGGAGAAGUUGGCUUGCUUCAGUUCCGCGACCUUAACGCUGAAACCUCUGCCUUCCAGCGGACCUUUACCAAAGAGAUUAGGCGGUUGGACAAUGUUGAACGUCAACUUCGUUAUUUUGCUUCUCAGAUGGAAAAGAACUCUGUUCCAGUUCGCCCUGUCCAGGACAAUGCAACCCUCACUGCUGCCCCAAGCUCUUCGGAAAUUGAUUUUCUUGCCGAGCGUGCAGAAGCCUUGGAAGCCCGGGUCAACCAACUAAACGGAUCUUACGAAACGCUUCAGAAGAGAUGGGUUGAACUCAUAGAGUAUAGAUGGGUCUUGCGAGAGGCUGGUGGCUUUUUUGAUCGCGCUCAUGGCCAGGCGGAUGAGAUUCGUCGAGGUUCGACCGACGAGCCUUCUGCUCCUCUUCUUGAGGAUGUUGAACAGUCAACCCCAGCUCAAUACGGAAAUCAGGGAGAGAUGAGUUUCCAGACAAUGAAUAUUGGAUUUGUCGCUGGUGUUAUUCGCCGUGAUAGAAUUUCGGCAUUCGAAAGGAUUCUCUGGAGGACAUUAAGAGGAAAUCUCUACAUGAAUCAAUCCGAGAUCGAUGAGCCAAUCACAGACCCAACAACCAACGAGAAUGUUGACAAGAAUGUUUUUGUAAUCUUUGCUCAUGGCAAAGAAAUUCUAUCAAAGAUCCGCAAGAUUUCCGAAUCUCUUGGAGCCGACCUUUACGCAGUUGAUGAAGAUACGAACCUUCGUCGCGACCAGCUCCAUGAGGUCAAUAGGCGUAUAGACGAUCUUCAAUCAGUCUUGCAAAACACUAAGAAUACUCUGAAUGCUGAAUUGAGGACAAUCGCACAAAAUUUGGCAAGCUGGAUGGUGAUCAUCAAGAAGGAAAAGGCUAUUUAUCAAACAAUGAAUCUAUUCAUUUACGAUUCCGCACGGAAAUGUUUGAUCGCUGAGGGUUGGUUACCAACAAAUGUUUUGCCCAAGAUCCAAGAGCGUUUGCGGGAGGUUACUGUCCGUGCUGGAUUACAAGUGCCCAGCAUCCUAAACGAACUUAAGACAACAAAGACUCCACCAACCUUCCACAAGACCAAUAAGUUUACUCUGGCAUUCCAGACUAUCGUUGAUGCUUAUGGUGUUGCAAAAUACCGCGAAGUCAAUCCAGGUUUGGCGACUAUAGUAACCUUUCCAUUCCUGUUCGCCGUCAUGUUUGGUGACAUUGGUCACGGAAUCAUCUUGACGCUCGCUGCCCUUGCUAUGGUAUGGUAUGAGAAAUCUCUUCAGGGAAAGAAAAUUUUUGAGCUUUUCGACAUGGCUUUCUUCGGACGAUACAUCAUGCUGCUCAUGGGUAUCUUCUCAAUUUACACAGGUCUUAUCUAUAACGACAUCUUCUCUAAACCCAUCACAUUAUUUGAGAGUGCUUGGGAAUACCCCUCUCACUUCACGGAGGGUGACAACAUCGAGGCAGUAAAGAAAUUGGGCUAUGCGUAUCCUUUUGGUCUCGACUGGCAGUGGCACGGAGCAGAAAACAGUUUAUUAUUUACGAACAGUCUUAAAAUGAAACUCAGUAUUAUAUUGGGUUGGGCUCACAUGACUUACUCUCUUUGCCUGUCACAAUAUAAUCACCGGUACUUUAAAUCAAGAAUCGAUACCUGGGGCAAUUUUAUCCCAGGGAUGAUCUUCUUUCAGUCAAUCUUUGGGUACCUGGUUAUGUGCAUCAUUUACAAGUGGACUGUUGACUGGCCUGCUCGAGAGCAACAGCCACCUAGUUUGUUGAACAUGCUUAUUUACAUGUUCCUUUCCCCCGGAAAUGUUCCAGAACAGCUUUAUCCCGGACAGUCGGGAGUGCAGGUUAUGUUGUUAUUAAUAGCACUCGUCUGUGUUCCAUGGAUGUUGAUGCUCAAACCCUUAUAUUUAAGGUGGGAGCAUAAUAAGCAUCGCGCAGCUGGAUAUCAAGGAUUGGGUCAAGUCUCAAGGGUUAGCGCUCUAGAUGACGAUGAUGAGGAUGAUAACGUCACAAGAGGAAGGGAUAGUGUGGACAGCGAUGGGUCUGGUCAUGUACUCAUCGCAGAGGAAAUGAAGGAAGAAGAAGAGUUUGAAUUUAGUGAGGUGGUGAUCCAUCAGGUUAUUCACACCAUUGAAUUCUGCCUGAACUGUAUCUCCCAUACCGCCUCCUACCUCCGUUUGUGGGCACUUUCUCUUGCUCAUGCACAGCUCUCCAUCGUUCUUUGGUCAAUGACCCUAGCCAUUGCCUUUGGGUUCACCGGUACCAUCGGUAUCAUUGCAAUCGUCAUUUUAUUCGGGUUCUGGUUUAUUUGCACAAUUGUAGUGUUAGUAAUUAUGGAAGGGACUAGUGCCAUGUUGCAUAGCUUGCGAUUGCAUUGGGUUGAGGCUAUGAGCAAAUUUUUCAUUGGAGACGGUAUUGCUUUCGAGCCUUUUAGCUUUAAGCUGCUGUUGGAGGAAUCUGAGUAG